AUGGUCCAUAUUUUCUUCGUUGGCGCCACAGGCCACAUUGGUGGCACUGUCCUUGAUCAGUUACUUCAGAAAUAUCCGAAUGCGACUGUCAAGGCUCUCGUUCGAGAUGACCAGAAAGCCGUGCGUCUCUUGAAGAAGUAUCCCAAGACAGACUGCGUUAUUGGCGAUUCUGAAAGCUUUGAUAUUCUUGAGAAAGCUAGCCGAGAAGCCGACAUUGUCAUAAACACUUCGCCGGACAUUACUCACGAUGAAGGGAUCAAAGCAAUUCUGCGGGGGCUAAAAGACCGUACUGGACUAAGACCAUACUACAUCCACACUUCUGGUGCUUCCCUUAUCUGGGAUGAACCUACCGGAUCCAAGGAUGCUCGCUGGUGGGAUGACAUCCAAGACAUCCAAGACAUCAAGGCAUGCAAAGGCGAGGCUUACACCCACGCUGCAACCGACAAGAUCGUAUACGAUGCUGCGGCUAACUCGAACGUGGCCAUUAUUUCUCCUGGAUUCGUCGGUGGUCUGAGUCCUUCCAUCGAUCAUCCCACACCUAUCACAACACCGGCUUUGUUCCUCACGGCGCGAGCUUUCAAAUCAGGGUGGCAAAUCUCCCAGGGAGAAAACUCCCAUGCAUGGAUCCACGUUCACGAUCUUGCCAAUAUGUAUAUUGUUCUAAUCGAUCACGCGGUUGCUACUCUUUCAGGUGGCGCCCCAGCGUCUGCGCCAUUCGACGUAUGGGGCCCGGAUGCCUACUAUUUCGGUGCUAGCGAAGUUAUCUCGUUCAAUCAAUUUAUGUCACAACUCGCUUCUGUUUUGAAAGAGCAAGGAGUUAUCGAAAGCACGGAGAUCAAGUCCGUCACUGUGACUGAAGCGGCCAGGGCAAGUCUCGCCGGAAGUGAAUAUGACCCCGAUGCGCCACCACCGGCUUUGGACUCAUGGGCAAUGCAUAUCGCCAUCAUGUACGGUAUCAAUAUGCGGAUUGGUGCUUCGAGGAUGAAGAAGCUGGCAUGGAAGCCAGAGAAACGGUCAAUUGUUGACACCUUCCCCGAGGUUGUCAAGGAGUACCUGCAGUUGGAGAAGGCAACAGACAGCAAGUAA